UACAUUUUCAACAUCCAAACGAAAGGAAAUAUCAUUCUUGAAAAGAGAGCAUCAUGGCAUCUUCAAGCCAUGCAUUAGCAUUCAUGUGUGUCAUGGCCCUGAUCCUGGCCCACCUCUCAAUGGCCCAAAACUCCCCCCAAGAUUUCCUUCGGUUCCACAACGUCGUACGUGCACAGGUAGGCGUGGGCCCCAUGAGCUGGGACAACGCGGUCGCGACCUAUGCCCGGAACUACGCUAACCAGCGCAUCAGCGAUUGCAAUCUCGUGCACUCAGGUGGGCCAUACGGCGAGAAUAUCUUCUGGGGUUAUGGACGCGAAUACACGGCUGCGGAUGCCGUGACCUCAUGGGCCAGCGAGAGGCAGAACUACAACUAUGACACUAACACGUGUGCAAGCGGGAAAGUGUGCGGGCACUACACACAGGUGGUGUGGAGGAAUUCAGUCCGUCUUGGGUGCGCUCGUGUGAAGUGCAACAAUGGGGCAUUCUUCAUCACGUGCAACUAUAGCCCACCGGGAAAUUACGCGGGCCAACGUCCGUACGAUAUUCUCAUCAAACCACACGUUGCUUGAUAUUGAUGAAGCAGGAAUGCCAACUUCAAAAGCACUUUUGUACAUUUUUGUUGCUCGGGUUCUCAUCAAA